AUGGCAGAGCCACCGUCCUCGCCGCCCAACGAGGCAACCAGCCCUGAAGACCAACUGCGCUGGUACAAGUCCCAGUACGAAUCACUCGAGGAGGAGCUGGCCGAGUUCCGGGAGUCGAGUAAGGAGCUGGAAAAGGAGCUGGAAAAGGACAUCGAGCAGGCGGAAAAGAGGGAGCGCAAACUCCAAGAAAAGGCUGAGAGCCUCAAGUUUGAGGUCGAGGAAUGGAAGUCGAAAUACAACCAGGCAAAGAAGGAUGCGAACGCAGCCCAAAACACCCUGGAGAAAGAAAUCACAACAUUGCGCGACACCAACAGGACUCUGCAGCUGAAGUUGCGCGAUAUCGAGGUUGCCAACGAUGACUUUGAGCGGCAGGCCCGGAACACAAGCUCGUCCCUCGAGGACCUCGAGUCCAAGUUCAACAGCGCGAUCGAACGCAGCGUCAUGCUGGAGGAAGAAAUCAAGAUUGGCGAGCAAGAGCGUGAGACCUUGCGCAUCGAGGCGCAACGCUUGCGAGAGGAGCUGUCCGACCUCAAGAUUGAGGCCGAGCUGCUCCAAGACAAGAUUAAGAAGCAGGAAGCGCGCCACCUGUCUGCCAUCUCCACCGACCUCUCCAUUCUCUCAUCUCCGGCCUUCGACAAGACAUUGGAUGCCUCUCCUGGCUCCACGGCAAGUUCGCCUAUGGUGUCGACCCCACCCGAUGCCGAAGCCCUUCCCGUUGCCAAAAACUCUCAGAUCAGCGAGCCUCCGUCCCCGCCCAUGUCCGACGUCUCCUCAUCUGUACCGAAGAGAAUCGUAUCCAGAACGCCCCUCAAGACCCCGGCCAAAACUCCGGCAUCGGCGACGCGCAAGUCCCGCCUGCCCUCGACCGAACACAGCAUCACGCCAAAGCCCCGGUCGUUCACGGCGUCCAUCUCCAGUAGUCGUCUCUCUACCGGGGCGCCGACAAGAACACCCGCCCCUCGCACCGCUCCUCGCUCCAUCUCUACCCGUAUGCCCGCCAACAACUCUCUCAACCAUAUCCGGUCCCUCACGGCCCAGAUGCAGCGUCUGGAAGCACGUGUCCACAAUGUUCGAUCGAAGCUCCCUGCUCCUGUCACGACACCUCCUCGAGCCUCGCCCCGUUCCUCGGUACAAGGAGUCCACAGCGUGCCCUCGACGGUUACCAUCCGUUCUCGCAAGCGUCCCACGGGCUCCACCGCAUCGCGCGACGACACCACUCCAUCCAACUCCAACUUCUCAGCCAGCACAAGAUCCAAGCAUGUACCUCGUCUGAGCACGUCAGGUGUCAGCCGUCUGUCCUUUGGCCCACUGCCCAACCGGAACCCCGGGGCUGGAACUGGACACGAAAACGAGCCCACAAUGUCCCGGCCGAGCUCGCGGGCUAGUAUCUCGUCGUAUGCCCGGCCUUCGAGUCGCACGGAAAUGGCGCCUCCCCGACCUAUGAGCCGGACCAGCAUGUCUGGGACCCGGACGCCUUUAGGUCGCCCCCGCAGCUCUCUCGGAGGCAACCUCCAUGCGCGCUCCGCUAGCAUCAGUAGCCGCAUCGAUAUCGAAGAAGGCGACGAGACUGGCGAGUACAGAACACCCAGUAGGAGGGGAACCUUUUCUCGCCUGGAGGCGGAAACAGCCAUGAGCGGUAUUCCUCUGCCCACCAGCAGCAUUCCGAUGCCCAGCUCGCGACGUCAGAGCGGAAGCAGUGUCUCUGGGAGACGAAGUUCGAUGGGCCUGAGGAGUUCCAUAAUGGGUGGCGCUCAGGAACUAGUCGAAGAGGAGACGUAUUAG